AUGACGGUAGAAAUCCUCUCGUGGCUACGCAAUAUCCAUGACGACCCAGAUUCCCUCCUCCAACAGACGGAUCUAGCGAAGCCACCACGAGCAAUCCAACCCAGAACCCGAAAGCGCCAUCGCAGUCACAGCUCAACGAACGAUGAUUGCCUCGAACAUAACCAGAACCCCGUGAAAAACCCCGCUGUUUGCUUCUCAACGCACCCGACCCCUCCUCCCGAUUCCCUCGUGUCCUCCGAGGUCGAAAUGGCACCAGCCAAGAAACGGAAGACGACCACGGGCGCUGUAGCCAGCCCGAGCCCGGACGAUAUACAAGAAGAUAACGAUGCGACUGAACAAGAGACUCCAAAGCCUCUGAGGCGUGUCCACCUCCCCAGCGUCGCCUCCUCCACGUCCUCUGCUACAAGUGGACGCUCUGGGGCGUCAUCACCACGUAAGCAACUGGCCGCCAUGGCCUUGUCCACUCGAGGUGUUGAAACCCGCGCCAUGUCAGAUCCUUCAGGACUGCCUCCAGCUCUAGCCCAGUUACGUACGAAACUACUACAGUUCGGUCGUGGGAGGGGAAUUCUCGGCCUCAACAGCCUGGCGAGUAUACGCGACGAAGCAGCUGCGCGGGCAUUCCACCCGGAUAUGGUUGCUAUAUAUGAGGAUAAAGACUUCAGCUGCUCUGCUCACCGGGACGCGUUGGGAUCAACGCCUAGUCCCGAAGAUGUGCUGUACAUACUCGAAUGCGCAGCUGAUUGUCUCCGCAUGGGCCGGUCUGAGGCAGCGUGGAACAACGAGGUUCACUUCCCGUUGCUCUGUCUUGCACUUCGGCCUCGAGUCAAGGGCGCGUUCCAGCGUUUGGUCAACGUGACCAACUGUUCAACGGCUUCUAUCGUUCCCGACUACCGCAUCCGAUUCGUGCCUGACAAGAAGAUCGACUUCUGCGUAUACCUCGACCCUCGCUACGAUACGAUCGAUACAAAUAUUGCCAGCCAGGUUGAUAGCGUUCGUGCUCGACUGCCGCUGCUGUCAAUCAACCCCACUGAUGACCUGUCGUUGUUGAGCAAUCCUAUCGCCAUCUCCAUCGAGACUAAGCGUCCCGGUGAAGGCUUGGACACUGCCAAUCUGCAAGUCGCGACAUUUUUAACUGCCCACUUGACUAUUCUGCAGCGACUUGUAGAUGCUGGUGCGGCGAUGCCUGUCGAUGAAGGCGAGAAGAUGCCUUCAGUGGACGACCUCGGGUUUCUUCCUGGCCUGAUCGUCCAGGGAAAUACGUGGAACUUUGUCGCAGCAAGUCGGCAAGACUCUCGGAUUAUUAUUUGGUCAGAGACAUCACUUGGCUUGACGGGCGACAUAUCUGGCAUCUACCAGAUUAUUGCGUCUUUACAGCUGUUGCGAGAGUGGAUCAAUGCCACGUAUUGGCCAUGGUUACGUCGGGUUAUCCAGCGAUCGGCACAAGCUCAACUGCAGGGUCUUCCGACUGGAUGA